AUGGUUACUCAAUUAACUAUUGGUGCACAAGAAAUGACGAUAUUUAAAAGAAAAGAUAAAACUCAUUUCCUGCCAAAUUUAAUACUUCGUUGCAAGAUAUUUUUACCUUGGGAUGAAGAGAGAAAUCUGAUUGCACAAGAAGUGUAG